AGGUUUAAAUUAGGUGUUUUACGUAAUAAAUAUUAUUAUGGGGAGUGCGUGACAUUUUGGAUUUAAGUUUUAGUAGCUGUCAAUAAAAAGCGACAACCCUUGUUGUAACACGCACAUGGGAUUUUGACAGAAUUCAACAAAAAUGGAAAAUCAAGACAAUAAAGUUUACCAGAUUAAAAUAAAAGCCCAAGCCUCAUGUUCCAGUUGUCACACGUUGUUUAUUACUAACAAAUCAAAGCCGAACGUACACGUUUUACUUGUGUCCAGCAUUCCCCCAUAUUGUAACCAGCACACGUUACAUCGCUUGUUCGGAAAAUGCGGCAAAAUUCUUGAAGUUCGACUUCAAAAACACGCAAACAAACCAAUAAACGAUGAUCAAACGACUGACAACUUCCCUCCACCACCAAUACUGGGGUUUAAAGUAGCUUUCAUAACCUUUCAGUCGAACAAGGGAAUCAAUGAAUUCAUAAAGAAAACAAAAUCAACAGAACCUUGGUUGAUUUCAAAUGAAUCGACCAAACUUAUAACUGGAUUAAAAAAAUGGUGUUUGGAUUACAUUUAUGAACAACCAGAUCCUAAGAAACUUAAACUAGAAGUGGAUGAAUAUAUGACCAAGUAUGAUGCCAAAGUUAAACAGGAGCAAGAGGAAGAAAUUGAAAACGAUGGAAUUCCGGACGAUGAAGGUUGGGUUAAAGUGUCCAGUAGAGGGCGAAAUGCGGGAGUGAGUAGAACGGAAACGAAUCAAAAAAAGUCCAAGAGAAAAGAAAAGAAAAAGCGAAAACAAAACGAAAUGUUUAGUAUUUAUAAAUACCAGGUCCGGGAAUCAAAAAGACAAAAAAUCGCGGAACUUCGUGAAAAGUUUGAAGAAGACAAGUUGAGAAUACAGGCCAUGAAAGAAGCCAGAAAGUUCCGGCCGUUUUAACAAUUACUGCCUGUUAAGUUUCUUUUGUCGGCCAAGUCUCAUGGCUUUUUGGGCCGUGGCUCUGACGGUAUUUAUUUCAACUGUAAGGUUGUCUUUGCAAUUCUACAGUUUGUAAAUAUGACGCUUACAGUUGAAACAGGAGUAUAAAGACAGGAACAUGUUAUAACAUAAUAUUCCAUUUAUUACUUGGGGCCGAUACAUUUAGUACUUGGUACAGGUUUUGCCAAGAUAGUUUGUGUUUUAGAUCGCUCCGAUAUCGAACAAAUUAUGACAACACAGAUUAUGAAUAGUUAUAAUUGUUUCUUUUCUGGGAUUCUAAACCUGAGUUUUUGGAAAUAUAAGUUGAUUUACAAUCUGGAUUUAAAGUUUUCUAAACUUAAGGAACACUGAUGUAAGUUAAACUGUAAAAACAGGAGUCUGGUAGAUUAUGUUUGUUCGUAUUUUGUUUCAUCAAUAUAAAACACAUUCGUCUAAAUUUUAAUUCAUGUUCAUGUACAUUAAAAUCUCAAA